AGCGCACGAGCGGCUUGCUUUGGGAGUGGAAGAGUGUGUGUGUGUGGGGGGGGGGGGAGGCUGAACGUCUGGGUCGAUCCCGCCUCCCGCCGGCCCUUUCCCGCUUGCCCAGCGUCCGUCAGGCUGCCGAGAGGAAAAGCGGGGGACCGACGGCGUCGGGCAUUAAGUGAGGCGCUCCGGUCCGGGCAAGAAGAAGGACCGAGCUCAAGAAGGGAGUCCUCGCGGGGAACCCCGCCUCUCCUCGCUGCCUGCCUUUCUCCGGAGUCUCGAGCGAGGAGAAGAAAAAGAAAAGGGGGAGACGGAACUUUCCAGUGAAUGGACUCGCCGAAGGAGCGAACAUGGCCAGUGUCUCCUCCUUUGGCAAGUACACCCACGCCAUCGUCCGCUGCAUUCCUUCCUCCUUUGCCACAGCGGAGACCACAGCAGAUGGAUCUGACAGUGGGGCUGAUCCAGUGGACCUAGCCAAGGCACACCGACAGUAUGGGGUCUAUACUGGCAUACUCCGCCAGAAGCUAGGGCUGCAAGUUAUUGAACUGGCAGCAGACGAGGGCUUCCCCUAUGCUACACUAGUGGGGGAUCUGGCAGUCAUCCAGGGAGAUACCGUGCUCCUGACUCGGCCAUGGAUGCCCACGCGGCGAGACGAGAUCAGCUGUGUCAAAAAGGUCUUGGAGGAGCUAAAACUUCGUGUGGUAGAAGUUACAGAUGAGGGAGCUACCCUGGAUGGAAGUGAUGUGCUCUUUACAGGUAGAGAGUUCUUUGUGGGUAUUUCCAAAUGGACCAAUCACAGAGGAGCAGAGAUGGUAGCUGAUGCUUUUAGAGAUUUUGCUGUGUCUACUGUUCCUGUCUCAGGCACGUUGCAUCUCCGCAGCUUCUGCAGCAUGGCUGGACCUGACACCGUUGUCAUUGGCAGCAGUGAAGUGGCUAAGAAAGCCAUGAAGACCAUGGAGCAAUUAACUGAUCACCACUAUGAGACGCUGACAGUUCCUGAUGAUCCAGCGGCUAAUUGCAUCUAUGCUCGUCUGGGCCAGAAGAGUAGUGUUCUUUUGCAUCGCAGCGCAGAAGUAUACCCAAACAGUGUGCAAACGUUUCAGAAGCUUCCAGAUUACACCCUGAUUCCUUCGGCAUGCACUGAAGUAGCCAAACUUGGUGGGACUCUUAGUUCCUGCUCUCUUCUCAUCAACAAGAAGCUGGAGAUCUAGCACCUAUGGAUUCACAGAAAAAUACAGGUUCCCCCAGUUCCUGGAGCCCUUUCCUUGUUUUGUUUGUGCAGAGCAAUGUAGCUCUUUUUUUUUUUCUUUCUCCAUUUCCUUCUGAAGCAGAGUGCCACCCUAAUUCCCCAUACCUGCUAAUUAGGUCAAAGUUAAAUUUGGCAUCUGUUUCUCUUUUAAUUUACAUUGGAUUUUCUCUCCAACCGAGUCCUACCUCUCUUUACUUUCUCUCUUUACCUUUUCUUAUGUUGCCCUUUAGAAAGAUUUUUACUCCAGCAUAGUUAGGGAUUUAUAUCUCUUGCUCCCAAAACUUAAUAAAAACCACACCGGGAAGCUUGGCCUUUCAGCAGUUCGUCAGUAACUCCUGUUUUAAUAAGGUGGUCAAAUUUCUAACCCACUCGGAUUACUUAAGAAACAGUGGUGCUCCCCCCCCCAGCUCUCUUUUUGUUGUGUCAAUGACAGGAUUUUGUGGGACAAGAUUAUUGCAAUAGAUACUGAGAGAUAUUGGUGGGCAGCCUUUUUUGGAAGACCCUUAGGAGCAUCCAUUGUGAAAUCUGUAUCCACAGUGGUGGCCAAAAUUGGACCUUUUCUCUCUCCCUCUUUCUAUAUCACAAUAUUAACUUUGGAGAGCAGAGAUAUUUUUGUAGCCAAGGCCUGCUUGUGACUGUUAUUGAAAAUGGUCUUCGACUGGCUUGGCAGACAAGUCAUCUUUCAUUGUUAGAGAACUGGGUAAUUCUAAUACCAUUGGUAUUAUGGAUUAGGAGUCAUCCUUAACAGUAAGGGUGGCAAUCUAACACUUCAUAUGUCCUGGCAGAAGUGCAAAGGUCUCAGUGGUGAUGAAGGUUCACAUGACCUUCAGUGCCCCUGAAAUAUUCUCAGAGAACUUCACAAGUACCAAGACAGGAGAAUAUGUGUAGCUCAAAGUUAAACUGUGGAAUCCUUGGUGUCCUUUGAGCUUCGUUGUUUCUUGCAGACGUUUCAUUACCUGACUAAGUUACAUCAUCAGUUGGAUGAUGAAACGUCUGCAAGCAAACAAUCAAGCUCAGCAUUAAGGACUCCACAACUUUGUAAAUGGUAUCUUAUAUCUCUGCUUAGUAUACUGUAUACCAUGGUGCUUUAAUUUGGGUUUCUCCACCAUUUUCCCAGCUCACAACAGUUUCCUUAUUGCCUCUUCUCUGCAAACUCACAAAACUAAAGUCACCCCUGAGGAGAUUUUCCUUCAGCAGCACCACAUUAUGUAUCUGUGUAAUGCGGUUAAGGGGCACUUGUAGCAAUGUUCUUGAGAACAGUUCUGCCGAUGACCAGCUCUAGGUUUCUCGAUGAUUCACUCACUGUCUCCUUUAACCCUCUGUGCAAUCAGUUUAAAAAAAGUAAUAAAUAAAAGACUGCAACAAUU